GCUGCACUUAUUUACAACAAACCGUGGUACUAAACCAUGACACCGUGGACCAGAACUGUGAAACUAAACCAGCUAACCAACUAAUGGUGAAUGGACUCGUCCCGCCACUGAACGUGAGACAAACCGUUUGCUGUCAGAACUUCAGACUCCUGUUGCAGUGGAAGACAUUUUACUGGUUGCUUCUUGUCUCUGGACGCCUUGGAGAAGGAAUUUCCUCUCGGACCUUCAGGACGGGGGUAUACCUUCGGCCCCCAGGACUCCCGUGACCCCCAAGGCCCCCCCAAGCCGCCCGGACCCUCGGGCCAUGAGCCGGCGCCGGGUGUCCGUGAGGGAGCUGGGGCGGGCGGACCUCCAGGGCUGGCUGCAGCGGCAGACCCCCGCAGGCCGCUCGGUGGGGGCCGGCUGGAGGAGGAGCUGGUUCGUCCUGAAGGACAGCGCCCUCUACUGGUACCCCAGUCACAUGGCUGAAGAGGCGGAAGGUUUCCUGGACCUCACGGACUUCACCAUUCAGCCAAUCAGAAUCAGCGGGAAGCAGCACGUCAUCAAGGUGAGCCAGCGGGGCGUGGCCACCGUCGUCAUGGCAGCCGAGAGCUUCGCUGAAAUGAGCCUGUGGCUGGACAAACUCUCCGCUGCCCUCCUCCAGACACGAGCCCGUCAGCGCAGCGCUAGAGAGCGCUACAGUCAGAUCAGCGAGCCGGAGAGCGACGAGUCCGUCUUCUACUCCUGCCAGCCGUACACCGAGCUGCCCACCAGCGAGCCCGUCAACGGAGAGUACUCUCCGCCCUGCUUCACCUCCUCCCCCUUCUACAACCACGUCCUCACCACCCGGCGACCCAGGAGGACCUCCAGCGCAACCAGCAGCCCCGCCUCCACCAGUAGGAGCAGUAGGACCAGUGGAACCAGCAGCACCAGUGGGACCAGCAGCUCUGAGAGCAGCGAGGGCGGGGCGGUCCGCCGGUCGGGGUCCUGGCUGGACCUGCCCACCCCCAACACGGCCCGCUCCGCCGCAGCCCCCCCUCACUUCCUCCUCAGCGGGGGCCCCGAGGACGGGGAGGAGGCGGGCCCCCGGGGGCCCCGAGCCCCGCCCCCCUACGAACGACCGGACGGCACGGGGACCAGCUCGUCUCCCAUUGGCCGAGCCAAGCCGGCCAAUCAGAGGAGCCCCAGGGGCUCGUCGGUCAGCCCCUUUUCCAGCAUGAAACGGCGGGAAAACCUGCGCCUGGUCCGGCACCUCAACCCGCACCCCAAGAUGGAGGAGGAGGAGGCGGAUCUGUUGGCCAUGGAGGCGGUGCUUGCCAGCCCCACACGCCACGCCCUCAGGUUCUGGAACUGGCAACAUAAGUUCAUCCUACUUCAGGAAAUCACUAACCACAAGGGGCCGGCAGGGGGCGCCAGAGGAGCGCGCAUCGCUGCCGCUAAAGAGCGCAAUGUGGCGGAGACUAGCGUGUGACGUCGCAGCUGAAGGGAACUUCAGCGAGGAUGGGGGAUUUAUUCGGGGAAUGUUCCGGGAAUGUACCGCUAUCUCCCUGUAGAAGAGGGAAUAGGAUACGUUGUUAUCUGAUCUUAUCUGAUCUGAACAGCUCAUCACAUUUCCGACCCCUCUUUGAUGGGUGAUACAAGAGUAUUUAUUCAGGCCAUUAGGGGAACGGCUUUAAGGUUAUUCAGUGAAUCGACCAUUAUAAUGUAUUAAAUUAUCUGCACUUUUAAAUAAUAUGUAGGCUAUUUUAUUUGUGUUUAUUGCUUUUUAGGACUUGUAACUUUUUGGGGGUGUUUUUGAUUUGUCCUUUCCUUGUUUGUGUGUAUAUGUCAGCACUCAGUCUGUCCGUCUGUCUGUCUGCACUCCGUCAUUUGAUCACUGGUUCUAGUCGUUCAUCAGCUAAACCACAGCGCACCGUCACAGUAUGUUAAAAUAACAAAGUAUUCGUUAUUAUUCUACCUGGUCUGUCUUGUUUGCCUGAGCAGAGGUAAUAAACAUUUUCUGCCACAA